CGGAGGAGCAGUGCAGAGAGGGAAAGCAGACACUGUGCUGCACUCCUGCACCUUUUCUCCCUUUUUUCUUUUUUUCCUCCUGUGUCAGCAGCCACAAGGCCGAGGCCAUGGAGGCCUUCCAGCAGGUGUUCCAGAAGGUGGAGAAGAUCGGGGAGGGCACUUAUGGUGUGGUGUACAAGGCUCGCAACAAACGCACGGGGCAGCUGGUGGCCCUCAAGAAGAUCCGCUUGGAUGCGGAGACAGAGGGCGUCCCCAGCACUGCCAUCCGAGAAAUCUCGCUGUUGAAGGAGCUGAAGCAUCCCAACAUAGUCAGGCUUCUGGAUGUUGUGCACAGCCAGAAGAAGCUGUAUCUUGUAUUUGAGUAUCUCAAUCAGGACCUGAAGAAAUACAUAGACUCUUCUCAAACUGGAGAGUUUCCUUUAAGCUUGGUCAAGAAUUACCUUUUCCAGCUGCUGCAGGGUGUGAGCUUUUGCCACUCCCACAGAGUCAUCCACAGGGACUUGAAGCCACAGAACUUGCUCAUUAAUGAAGCGGGAGCAAUCAAGCUGGCUGAUUUUGGGCUUGCAAGAGCUUUUGGAGUUCCCCUGCGCACAUACACUCAUGAGGUGGUGACUUUGUGGUAUCGAGCUCCUGAAAUACUCCUGGGAUGCAAAUACUAUUCAACAGCUGUGGAUAUGUGGAGUAUCGGCUGCAUCUUUGCCGAAAUGGUGACCAGGAAGGCCCUGUUUCAAGGGGACUCUGAGAUCGAUCAGCUCUUCCGGAUCUUUCGCACCCUGGGCACUCCCACCGAAGCGACCUGGCCUGGGGUGUCGCAGCUGCCUGACUACAAAGGGGACUUUCCCCAGUGGGCAAGGAAAGAGUUGAAGGAAAUUGUCCCCAACUUAGAUCGACGUGGCAGAGACCUGCUGGCGCAAUUGCUCCUGUACGACCCCAGCAGACGUAUCUCAGCCAAGGCAGCCCUCAGUCACCAGUACUUCUUUUAGAAAAGCCCCCAGAGCACUGAAGAGCAACACGUGCUGCAGAAACACUGCAGAUGAGAUGCACAGCUCUCCCCAUACACCUCUGGAGAGCAGUGCAGAUCUGUUUCAGGGCACUUAGCAGGGGAUAGCCCCGUUCCAGGGCCUUACUUCUCCUGAGAAGUCCAGAAGGGUACAUUCUUGCAUUUAGAGACUCAGCCAGUUGCUGGGGGAAGGUUUGCCUAAGUUAAGGCCAGUAGAGCUGUUUUGAAGAGGUCAUGUGCAAAGGUGAGGCCGCUAUCAGCAUGAAACACGGACAUGUAAAAGAGAGAGCAUGCUUCAGAGGCUUGUCCUUGCAUUAGCCAGCAAGCUAAGGCAACUUGCACACACACACACACAAUGAUUUCUCUCUCCAGCACUGGGGCAUCCCCAGAUCUCACCGCAGGUCUGAUGCAGUUCCUGACACCAGGGCGUGCUGGAGCUCCACUGUGCGUAGGACAGUGCUGCUCUGCUCACCCAUUCACUGCUGUUCACAGGAACCAGCUUUGUCACUGUUGGAUAUGUUGUUUAAAUUCAGAUGUGUAACAGAGCUAACAUUCCUGCUGUUUUGAAAGCUGAGGAGCACUGUAAAGUGUCUCAAUUUGUGCCUUAGCUGUGAGAAGCCAGAAGAUCCAGCUAGCAUAAAGCACUCGCUGCAUUUAGUUGGAAACUGACACCUGAAACACCAGCCUUCCAUCAUCAGCCCAGAUGUAAUGCUGCCUCCUUUGCUUCAUUGUCUUGGAAAUGUUUUUGCUGUUCAGCUGUUUGGAGAAUUAUCAUUAACUUUUAGUGUGGUUUUGACAUCUGUGGGUUUGUUUCUUUUUUCAGUACAGAAAAAAAAAUAAAGGCUUUUCAUUUGUUCAGAAACAUCUGUGUUAUUG